UCAUUUUUAUUUGGUUAGUUGUGCGUUUGAUAGCAACAAUUACAUUGAAGAGGCCAAUGCUUGAGAAUUUCUGCGUCGUGUUUCCGCUUGUCAGUUUUCCCUUAUUGGUCUUCCCGUCUACUCUCGCCCUCUCAAUCGUAUUAGUAGUAUUGUUCAAGAUAAAUUUCUUGAUUUGAUAAUUUCGUGUGACUGUGAGAGAGUGGACUUCAAGGCCGGCUGCAGAGCUACUAUAGCUGCGACUCCUGGAAUGCUGAAUAAUUUUGUAGGACACAAAGAUGGUGUGAACGUUGACACUAGUGCAUCAGAACUAAAGCUUGUCGAAUCCUCUCCACGCACCGGUUGAGCAAUCAAUGUUGUAGUCACAGUGAAGUGCUGUGUACGUUGGCUGUAUGCUAGUGGUGCUUCUGUAGCUGAAAGGAUGGUAGUUCUGUGACACAUGGCGCGUCGGCCACUCUCCUCAUCAUCAGCAUCAUCAUCAGCAUCUAAGCCAGCAGGUCGAGCAAGGGCAACCUCAGCAGCAGCAGCAGCGGAUGGCCCUUCUACCUAUGCUGGACACCACUCUAAUGGACCGGGGGUGGAUCCUGCCGGCAGCUCCUCUGGCCUGCCAUCGUCGUCCGUGGCAAUGGCCUGGCGUAUGGACGCAGCCGCCCCGGUGACCCUUAACCCGCAGCUUGCCGGGCAGCGCUCUCAGUAUGCCAGUCAGACGGCGCCAUCUUAUCACUAUGGCAACGUGGAAGGCCAGUACGGUGCACAGAGCAUGGCGGUGCAUGCACCUGCUGCGGAAAGCCUGGCCGGAGGCACACCAAUGAGUUCAUCAAGCAGCCAGCAGCCACAGGCUGCAGCUACGACCACCAUGAUCUAUUACCCUGUGGGAGCAGGAACACAAUCGCCAGCACCGUCGCGCUCAGGUCACGCCACUCCUGCAUUCAUUCCCCUUGCGCCGCCGCAAUCAGGACCCCUCAUAACCACUGUUCAGCCGGUCAUCGGGCGACCAGCUAUCCUACGCACUGCACCACACCUGACGGCCAGAGGGCAGUCAUCGAUGACUCCCGAACCAGUCAAGACGUACGCUCAGUCAACGGCUAUGAUGGCAGCGGCUUCUGCGCCGGCACUAUCGACGUCCUCAGUUAACCAGCAGCAGCAACAGCAGCAGCAGCAGUCCAUGGACUUGUUGGGGAUCAGAGUACUCGCGGCGCAGGACUGCACAGUCCAGUGCUUUCCAAUGCAGUCGUCAGGUUCGUCCUACGCACACUCCACGGCAGGAUCAUCCGACGAUCGCUCACAGCUCCCAGGAAGCCACACUUCCUCGUGGGGCUCAAUGCCUUCCAGUCAACAGCAGUACCAGCAGCAGGACGUGUCGACACCGACCUUCUCACCACUUCAAUCAGUACUCACUCACAAGCGUAGUCGAAGUCAGCUUGAAGAUGCUUGGGCUGUGCCGUCAGCGUCAGCUAGUGUUUUUGACGGUGCGCUGAAGAAAGCGCGGCUAGACACUACAACCAGUGAUCCGUGUGACAGGGCAAUGCCUGCAUUUCCAAUGCCCGAUUUCAUCUUUUCACACUCAACCACGCCAGCAGCGGCGGCCAUUGAUUCAUCUGGUUACCAUGCCUACCCUAGCGCGUCAGUCCGACCGGAGUCAGGAGCGUCGUCGUCAUCGUCCCUGUUACACUCGAGGAAUACAGCAGCUGUGGGACUGCCGUCAAGCGAUGAUGCUUGCCUUGGCGCAGCGGGACGGUACGCGCUGCACAGCCAGCCCAGCGGUGGCGUUGCCUCGCAGUCGACGCUAAAUCUCAGCUACAUGUCAUCAGCAACGCCACCAGCACCAGCAGCAGCGGCAGCAGCGAUGCAGAGUUCGCUUAGUUUAAGUUGCAUUACAGCAGACGAAUCAGCAGCGUCACAGCCUGCCUUUCCCAGCAGGAAACCAUCAGAAUUUUCCGCUGCAACAACAACAACAAUGUCGUCAAGUACACGGAGCGGACAAAGCUGCACUAAUGUAUCUUAUGACAGCAGCAGUUGUGAUGAGCUUCAUUCUCUGACUGGGAUGGCGCAUUCAGGCUCUCAAGGCAGCAGCAGCAGCAGCAGGAGAGGAGAGACUCCGGCAGCUGCGUUCCCUCCAUACCAAGCCCACAACAGCCACUGGGAAGCAUCGGCUGCUCCAGCAUUCAUCAAGAAUACAACGCCGUCAAUCCUACGCCGAUCGGGCCGGGAUUCAACACGCCCAAAGCCCAGUAAGCAUGCUACGCCGGCUGCUGCAUUGAAUGCGCAGUCUGUAAGCUUUAACUACAGGAACCGUACGGUUGGCAAUUUACCACGGCAUAGUGGAUCAUCAGAAACAUCACUGCCUGCUGUCCUGUCCCAGCCUGCCCAACCCACCAACACCGUACAGCCAACAGCCGCCUCCUCAGCAACGCCGAAAUCGACUUCAACUGCUGGUGCUACUGCUGGUGCCGCUGAUGGUGGUACUGGUAGUGGUGGUGGUGGUGCUGCUGCUGCUGCUGCUGCUACUGCUGGUGGUGGUACCAGUGGUGGUGGUGGUGCUGCUGCUACUGCUACAGGUAGUGCUGCUGGUGGUGGUACUAGUGGUAGUGGUGCUGCUGCAGGUGGUCGUAGUGGUGCUGCUGGUGGUACAGGUGGUGCUGCUGCUGCCAAAUCGCAAUCAGGCAGCACAGGACGCAAGAACACGUCUUCUACGGAUGAUACUACUUCCAGGACUAGUGGUAGUAAUAUAUCUACUCCCACCACACCUCUCAUGUCACCUCUGAGGUCACCUACCUCCGGCCACAGCAUUGUCAAGAUGAUGUUUGUUGGUGCCAAGGACAAGGGUGAUUCCGGCUUGUCACCAGUGGGAACUCCGGUCAAGAUGACGCCAGACAUCGAAAUGUAUUUGAACAACAUCUUUCGCGCCAAGGAUGCGUCUUCUGGCAGCCGUUCGGCAGCCACCAGCACGACCUGCAGCCCACGCAAGACUGCUUCACAAAGCACUGGCUCGACGGAAGGUACUAUUAGGAGCAGAGACACUCCGACUUCACGUGCUGCGCAGGCCGGAAAGUCACUGCCGAAAAGGCGUGACCGUAAUUUAAGAAUCGACCUGUCGCAUGCCACCAGUAGCAGUAGUAGUACAGGCAAAGGCCCGUCGUCCGCACCACCGUCCACACCAACACCAACAUCCACACCAACAUCCACACCAAAAUCCACACCAACAUCCACACCAACACCAACAUCCACACCAACAUCCACACCAAAAUCCACACCAACAUCCACACCAACAGCAACAGCAACAGCAGCAGCAAGACCUGAUCAGCUCGUAACAUGCAUUGGAUCUCCCUCAUCUAUCGGUUUGACCUCAGCGCAGCGUGCCGAUGUUAGUGUGGAUUCCAGUGGCUUGACACCGCCGAGCGCCGCUUCCCACGCGUCGGAUACCUCAAACCCGCACUGCGCACGCACGGCAGGCUUACCCGGCGCCCUGGCGUGUAAUGCAUCGGCUCCUGAGCGGGGUGACCGACACGCCGGCGCCUUGGCGUGUAAUGCAUCGGCUCCUGAGCGGGGUGACCAACACGGCUCAACGUCGGUCAUUAGUGUGUCGUCGGACGUGGUUGUGAUGUCAUCACCAGUGCCGACCGAUGCUGUUGCAGCUACUACUGACGGAGAGGAGACGCCUCAGUGUAUAUCUGCUGGUGAUGAAUCACGCCAUACCGAAGGUCACGCAAGACAUGAUGUUUCUUCAGACGGAAAUCACACGACGACUUCGGAAUCCUGUACAGAGCCGCUGGAUUGCAGCCAUGAUAAUGCUACGGGUGCUUGUAUGGAGUCGCACUCCGACUCGUCAGUAGUGUACGUGCCUGAGGUGGAGACUAUGGAUGAGACCGACAUUAGCGGCUUAAGUCAACUCUGCGCAGCUAUAGACCAACUCACGUCCAGUCAGGCAAACAUGACUGCGGACGCAGUAGACACGGUAGAUGUGGAGAAGAAUGCUCAGAGUUUCACGCUGCCGUUAUCAUCAGAGUCCGAUGCAGAUUGUCCUGCCAGCGCUGCCAAGUCCAUAGUCGGAUCCCCCAGAGCAGCUGGAUCUCCCGGUGCUGCUGAAUCUCCCAGCGCUACCAAACUCCCCAGCACAGCCGGAUCACCCAGCUCAGCCGGAUCACCCAGCACAGCCGGAUCACCCAGAGCAGCUGAAUUCCCUGGUGCUGCCAAAGCCGCCAGUGCUGCCAACCUGCCGACUGACAAGAGUACGAGUAAGAAUCCUGCAGAGCGCCAUCAGAGCAGUGACAACAGGUGCAGUAAUGCUACAUGCACUGCAUCGGCAACAGCAUCGGCUGUGCCAUCUCAAACUGCACCUAGCUCCACUGCGGUUAGUGACUCCAGCCCUGAUGUGUUUGACAAGGAAUGCUCGUGUCUGUUGCCAUCACUGACCGGCAGCGACUUGAACGCACCAACGUACUCACCGUUGGACAACAGCGCACUGGUCAACUCACCACUGGCAGCAAGCUUUGUUCCGCCCAGUGCCACCGCCCUGUUUAAGCUGACAGCAGAGCUCACAGAGACUAUGGAAUCGAGUACAGACAACCCUGGACCCCUGCUCCCGAGUGACACUUGUGCUGGUGAUGAUCAGCAAGCCUCUUCAGCUGAAACGCCUCUGGAGAUGAUUCGUGGUGCGCUGAAGGCGUCUUCACCAACCAUGGCCGUAGGUGAUGACAGUGCUCGUGUGAAAGCUCCUUCAGCAGCUAUUGCCAUUGAGGCAGGUGCUGUUUUAAGUCCAAAGCGCGCAGCACUGCACUUGUGCAUUCCAUCGCGUACGUCUCCACCACCCACUGCUCGGCAGCCAUCCGUUGCAGAGACUGUGAAUUCCAAUGAUGUCACAUUAUCUCCCGCUGGACAGGCGAGUACUGAUUCAGCAGCGCAGCAGCCGACAGACUGCCUAGAGGGUGCAGCUAUGGAUGAUGUGACCAGUGUGCAGACUUGUGAUGGUGUUGCACUGUCGCCUACACUACCACCCCAGCCCAUCAUCAUCAGCACGGAGAAGAACACACCGGCAACUCCACGCACCCCUACCACCUCAUCAGCCAUCUCCGUCGACCGUGCCAGUAGAAGCUGCUUGGGCACGUCUUCUCCCCUCAACAGUGCUCGUAGGUUAAAAGCAUUCACGCUGAAUGUGCAACGGCUGAAGGUGCACAUUAAGAAUGGCCGUCUCGUACGGCAACUGCCUUUCACCUCUUCCUCUCGUGCACUUGAAACCAGCUCUUGUUCUCCGCAGUCGGAAGCUAGGCGCACACCAUCAAGUAGUGCAGACAAUGCUUACGAGCCAUGUCCCAACUCUCCGGCCACCACAACUCCAAUGUCACAUGACUUGCCAGCAUUGUCCAGCAAGAUCUGCUGCGCUGACAUGGAUAGCGUGGAAAAUGUUAUAGACAGCGUGGAUAAUGCCAGGGAUAGCGUGGAUAGUGCCAGGGAUAGCAUGGAUAAUGUCACGGAUAGCGUGGAUAAUGCCAGGGAUAGCGUGGAUAAUGCCAUGACCAAUGAGGGCAAUGCCAUGGAUGGCAAGGAAACUGCUGUGGAUAACGUGGACAUUGCUAUGGGCACCAAGGAAAAUGCUGUGGACACCGAGGACAAUGCCAGGGAUACCGUGGACAAUGCUAUUGACACGGAGGACAAUGCCAGGGAUACCGUGGACAAUGCUGUGGACACCGAGGACAAUGCCAGGGAUACCGUGGACAUUGCUAUGGGCACCAAGGAAAAUGCUGUGGACACCGAGGACAAUGCCAGGGAUACCGUGGACAAUGCUAUGGACAGUAAUGACAUUGCCGAGCACAGUAUAGACAAUGCCGUUGCCAUGAGCGACGAGGACAAUGCCACAGAGGAUAGCGAGGAUAAUGCCGUUGCCAGUGCGUGUUGUCCAGACAGAACUGCACAGCAGCAGUGUGACUCAGACCUGCUUACAGCAUGCUCAUCAGCGCAAGUAUCCCUGCAGGUACCAGCGACAGUAUGCAGCCCAGCAUGCUCAUCAGCGCAAGUAUCCCUGCAGGUACCAGCGACAGUAUGCAGCCCAGCAUGCUCAUCAGCGCAAGUAUCCCUGCAGGUACCAGCGACAGUAUGCAGCCCAGCAGCAGCAUCAUCAACAUGUCAUGUAGCCAAUGCCAAGAACAAGGACGUGAACGACAGCGUUAACACGGCUAGCAAGAAUGCGAAUGACGGUGACAACGGUGCCAGUGAUGAGGAUGAUGCGUGCAGUGGAUCUCUGUGCAGAGCUCCGUCCGCAGCUAGUGCUACAUCUUGCCAUUCAGAUAUGAACAGUAGAGGGGGUGUGCAGGCUGCAGUCGACAGCUGCGCUACAGGCAGCAGCAGCAGCAGCAACUGCACCAGCAGAAGUGGUGAUUUUCCCAGCGCAUGCAUAGACAAGAUCAGUGACGGCACAAACCUUGAUCACACCGGUAGUGGUAGCAACAUCUCUGAGAAGGCUUGCAAUGAUGACAGCAACGGCAGCAGUAGGGUACAUGCAGAUGACAGCAACGGCAGCAGUAGGCUACAUGCAGAUGACAGCAGCAGCCGUGGUGGUUUUGGUGGUGGAAGCAUUGCUAAUUGUGCCAGUAAUGAUGUAAACAAAGCUGGUACUACUGAUACCACUUAUGACAACAGCAGCAGCACCACCACCACCAGCAGCAGCAGCAGCACCACCACCACCAGCAGCAGCAGCAGCACCAGCAGCAGCAGCAGCAGCAGUAAUACAGAUGGCGGUAACUCUGGGGUUGCGACUAAUGUCACUGAUACACAGCACAGUAUUGCCUCAACAGGCGACAGCACCGAUGUCAACAACAAUGCAUGCAGUGGCGAUGAUUGCGGUGACAUGGCUGGUGAGGGAUCCAUCAAAGACUCACCAUUAGCACAACAACCCAUUGGCUGUUCGGACUCACUUCCAUCAUGUCAACACUCCGUUGAUGGUGAAACCUCUCCAGUGCUUGCAGAGUCACCUGUUCCUAAUGAUGACACACACACAGGCAGUAUCAGGAUGUCUCCAUCAACAGCAUCAUCAUCAUCAUCAUCAUCAUCGUCAUCAUCAUCACUAGUCAGUUUAUCCACAUGUGUUCCGUUACCGUCACCAAGCUUAGUCGCCCGUACAGCAUCGACCGACUCAGCAUUAACAGCGACACUUGCAGACACCGCUGAUCUGCAUGUCGACUCGGCCUCUGCGUCAACAUCCACGACACCAGCCACUCAGAGCAUUGCGGAACACACCGAGCCAGCAGCAGAGGUACGCACGGCCAACCGUCACUCCCGAUCAGCAGCACCCAGCCCAGAGCUCAUUUCCAGACAGUGCUCGCUGGCCAUUAGCCCCGGUGCUAGCUCUGAUGAGUCACACGAGCCAAAUCUUGUGAUAUGCGUGGCGUCGUCGACCUCACCCUCUGAGCAGAGUAUAACCCCCUGCACAUCUGCCCAGUCGCCAGGGAAUACCAGUACUAGUACCCAGCCACUGUCAGAUUCAAAAUCUCUUCCAGCCACGCCGUUCUGUCCCAUUAUCCUCACGCCGUCGCCCACUCGGAAGUGCGAUGUCGACGACAAUGCAUCCGGCCCGCCUCCUCACAUCACGUCCAGCCCUGUGUUUGCUCUCUGUCCACGCCCGCAUGGCAGCCACACUCCACCGCUUGGUCCUCUCUCCGGCACGUCACAAUCGGAUACUGCAACGCCGGGCCUUGCCAAGCCAAUCCCGCUGGUUGUUGCUUCACAGACCGGCAUGCCUAUCAACCAGUGUAAACUGUCCACGAACAUGUCAAGUCUGACUGACGGUCGUCGUGCUCUCUCGCCAAACAGUCCAUUCAAGUGGGUCGCCAGUGACGUUCAGUAUUGCGCCAGCAGAGCAAAUACAACGAGUGACCAAACCCUCUCUCGCCAAGGUCGGCCGCCUGUCACCUCUGAGGGCAUUGGUAUUGACAGACAACCGUCGUACAGUACUACAACUACAGCUAGAGCUCUGAGUCUUAUCACCACCAGCAGCAGCAGCACCACCAGCAGCGCUGGUCGUACAACAUCCUGUACUGGCAGAGCAGUUACCGCCGUCUGUGGCAGCAGCAGCAGCAGCAGCAACACCGCAUUUACCCGCGGUGAUCGUUUCGAGAAGAAGACGCCCGGUGCUGUGGAGCGCAGUCCAGGUAUAGGUAGCACUGCCCACAUGCUGAUUACCAACCCUACCAGUGCAAUGAGCAACCCUACCAGUGCAAUGAGCAACCCUACCAGUGCAAUGAGCAACCCUACCAGUGCAAUGAGCAACCCUACCAGUGCAAUGAGCAACCCUACCAGUUCAAUGAGCAACCCUACCAGUUCAAUGAGCAACAGCAGCAGCAGCAAUAGCACAGUUAAUGAGGAUCUGCACACUGCACUGAGCAAGACCGUCACGCUCUGGCACAACCAGCUGAAAAUCGACCCGUUCCUGCUGCUGCAGACGGCGCGCCACCUCCAGGAAUCAUCGGCUGCCGAGAAAGCAUCGUGCUUGGUGACUGAAAGACUACUCAAGAUACCAGCAACCACUGAGCAGCUCAGUACCGCCUGUAACAAUGUCAUUGAGCAGAUGACCAAACGGCACGAGCGACUCGACGCACAUCAGAAAAUCCUGAGCAGCUUCAGCGCUCACUCGGAGAAAACUCUUCAACAGCUGCGGUGCUUGCAGCAGCAGCUGGCUCAACAAGGCACGCGCACCACCGCUGAGAGCAGGGCGGAAUCGCUGGCCCCGCAAGGCACACGCAAGAUUAGAAUCCGCUCAGAAUCGCAGGGCACACGCAAGAUCAAAAUCCGCUCGGAACCUGGAAAUUCUCCGUCCAAAACCCACCCCAAGGUCAGUCCGUUGAAGCAUGCACGCUCCUCGUCAGCCCCGGUGCCAACUCCGUCGACAAAGCUGGCAAAGCGUGCGCCACCACCACAGUUGAGCUUCCGUUCGCUGUUGCCCAAAUUAGGGGGCAACCCUGCAACUACACGAGUGCGCAUGGAUCAUCCGUUCACGACUAUAGCGCAGUCACCAUCUUCUUUAUCGUCAUCGUCAACAGCAUCGCCAUUGGUAACAGUAUCAACGUCGCCAGCAUCACAGUCAAUAGUGACCGGUGUCAAUAAGCUGGCGGCAGACCACCGCCCCUCUACUGCUCCAGCAGAAGCGACAUCAGCGGUGCCGAUGGCCUUAGAGUUUCUCUCCUCUCCGCCCAGGCUGCAGUCAGCCAUCACUGGCCGUGCAGCAUCCAGUACGAAUAAGCAGCAGCAGCAGCGGCAGCAGCAGCAGCUCCGAAUGCCUUUAAAACAAAACAGCGGCGGCGGCGGUGACGGUGGUGGCGGCGGUGGCAGUGUUGAACAAGCCGUGCACACCAUAGCCCGACACCAGAUCACGGGCAAUGCUUCGUUGCCAUGGAGACUAGUGCCGGUCGCACACAGCCGUGACUCCCAGUUUCAACGCGACCUCGGCCUGCAGGAGGUGGUGUCGUUUGUGUCCGGCACAUCUCCCACGCAACUCACUGACAAUGCUCAUCAGCCAACCACCUCAGUGCCAGCCAUCAGUGUUUCAGACAGCACCGUGAAGUGUUUAGUGUGCAAAGUCUCAUUCAGCACACUCUGGUACGGCUGCAACAUUCCCAAGACGUUCCUCUGUCACCUCUGCUUUACCAGCACACGCAGCAUGCAGCAGCGAAAGCUGCGGCGCAAGUCUGUUCAGAAUGAUCUGGCGAAGAAACAACGGCCGCUGGCACAGGUCAGGCCUGCUCAAGCCAACGACUUACCCAGUGCAAAGAUCUCCAAGAAAACCUAGUGAUGACAACAGCAGCAGCAGCAACACCAUCACCACCAUCACCAGCACCACCAUCAGCAGCACCAGCACCAUUACCAGCACCACCACCACCACCACCAUCACCAGCACCAUUACCAGCACCACCAGCACCAUUACCAUCACCAUUACCAUCACCAUUACCAGCAGCACAGCUGCAGACAAGCAAGGUAUUUCACCAUGGCUGUUAUACAGGUAGUAUACGUCAGUGUCUCCGCCGUGCAUCCCGUAGCGUCUCCAUGGCAACUCUAAUGGCAUGUUAGCAUGAGCAUACAUGCCUGUGAUCACGUGCCCAGGGGAAAUCCCCUUCACUCUUGGCAUUCACAUUCAACUGAAGGAAAGCGUUACCACUGUCCCCUGCUGCUCAUAAAUGCCACGAGCCCAUGCUCAUGAAUGCCAGAGCAAUGGCAGAGCUAUGGCAGAGCAAUGGCAGCUAGUGGUGAAUACGAGAUGUGCAGGUGACUCGACACAGCUGCUUGCUCUUCACGGCUCGGCAUCGGCUUUUCAUGCUUCGCUUUAUGUGUGCAUGUGCGUGCCAAUGUGUGUGUUUACAUGCGAGUUUAUGUGUACGCCGUGCGCAGCAGUGUAUGCAUGUGUGCCAGUGUUGGUAAUCCCCUCCCCGUAGCUGCAUGCUGUGCGCUGGUCCCAGGCCCACUCCGAUAUCCAUAUGGCCUCCGUGACACGAGGCGCACUGUGUCUCUUUAGCAGCACCUGGUGUGCCAUGCAGUGUGUCUCUUUACCAGCACCUGGUGUGCCGUGCAGUGUGUCCGCUUUAGCAGCACCUGGUGUGCCGUGCAGUGUGUCCGCUUUAGCAGCACCUGGUGUGCCAUGCAGUGUGUCUCUUUAGCAGCACCUGAUAUGCUGGGUUUUCCCAAUAGCCAACGCUAAUUGGGACUUCUGUCUCGUGUCCAGCUUGCAAACUGUCUUCUCUUCGCUAUGCGCACAAGAACUGCUUUUAUAACCGUCUUGUCUGUUGCUUGUUUUAUAACCAUCUUGUCUGUUGCUUGUUAGCAUUCUAUCCGUUGUUUGUACUAGGGCUGAUUCAUUCCUAGCGGGCUGAGAAUUUUUUUGUCCGCCCCGUGAGCUCUUCUCUUGCGUGACACCCUGAUGUCGAGAAUCCUCUUUCUUGUAAGUUAGGCACUGCAUCCACUGCCGGCAUUCUGAGCUAUCAGCUGCCAUGGCUGCCUGUUGGGUUCGCUCUUGCAGCAUUCUGGUCCUUGGUGAUCCAUCAGACUAACGUUAUUCAUCUAUCCCACUGCUAGCUUUACCUUUAUGCCGUUUUCCAAAUUCUUUUAUCAUGUUAAGUGUUAACCUCUGUGAGUCACUCGUGCAUUUUUUUUUAUUCCAUCCCGGUACACAGUUCGUGAAGCUCCGCGUAUCCAUUCUGCCCUCUACACGUAUCUGUGUGGCAUCUCUUGGUUUUAUUUCUGACAUUGAGUGCAACGCUUUGCGCCAGUUGAUCAAUUUCAUACAGAAGUACUUUUAAAGUGUCAUGUGCUACACGCACACUUUCCCCUGCUGCUACUACUACCAUGUAGUGGCAGAUUGGGAUUGUCGUCGACUGGUGUGAUGGUGCACGCGUUCA